GCUGUUCUUAAGAUUUACCGUCCUAUCCAUUGCUGAAAACCAUUGCUGUCAUCAAUUAGCCUACUCGUUUCUGAUUGUUAUUUUAAGAAAAUGCUGUGUGAUGGCAUGUGCGAUUGGUGGUGGGAGUUGGUUUUCAUGAAUUGGGUGUAAUUCAGAAAGGCUGAAAUACAGUAUUUCCCUAAAUCUGUAACCUAUAAGUAUUUGUAACCUGUUGGUAAUUAAGCCCAGCUUGUAGUGGAAAAAAGUUGCACAGUUGGCAUUUAAGUAGUCAGUUGGCAUUGAAAUAAUAAGUGUAAACAUGAUGCAUGUGAUUCAUGAAAGAUCUUAGCUUUAACUGUUACAUAAAUACAGUAAUACCUUGGUCAAUGAGCGCCUUACUUUAUGAGUGUUUUGAUUCACGAGCAAAAAAAUCACUAAAAAUGCUGUGGAUUACGAGUGGUGACUUAAUGUACAAGCAUCCUGUUUGUACAAGUAUAAGAUGUGAGCGUGGGUUCCUUUUGUUCGCCACAUGACGAUAGCACUCAGAGCGGAAAACAAUGGGAUGGGGUCUCAGUCUGCAUUGUACACCCACAGAGAUAGAACCCACGCGCUCGUGUCUGUUUACAUUUGUGGUCUAGUGUGCGAUCUUUGUAUUUUCAGCACUACAGUGUGCGCUUGUUUUGGUUUAGCCUAUGAGGUUUUUGGUGUGUGAGCAAAAUUGUGGAAUGAAUUAAGCUCGUAAACCAAGAUUAUGGUGUUGAGACAAAAUGAGGACAGCUGUCAUGAGGUGUGCUAAGGUCCAGCAAAGUCUCCUGAAGGUUCUAUCACAACAAACAUAUUCGUGCCUGAGAACAUUAUGUACAAGUGUUGGAAACCUGAACAAAAAGCUCCUGAAACCUAAACUCAACUAUGAGUACCUGUGUAACCCUGAGAACACACAUUACAUCGAGAAUCUUGUGAGGCACAGGAAAAACAUCGGCUGCAUACAUAAAGUUCUUGACCUGAAUAAUAAACUCAGGUUGGCACAUGAGAACUCUGAGGAAUAUCAAAAGCUGGAGCAAGAACUGGAGGAGGAGGCACUAAAGAUCCCUAAUGAUGCCAGUCCACACCUUUGGGAGUAUGGAGAGGAGCCUAAAGUUCUUGAGUAUGUUAACCCCAAGCCAGAGUUCUCGUUCCCCCCUCAAGAGUUCAGUCAGCUGGCCCACCGGCUGGACAUCCUCAGAACGGAGAACCUGGGGAACAUAACAGGAACGCGGAGCUACUUUUUCAAGGGAGCGCUGGCUGAUUUGGAGCAUGCCCUAAUUAGGUACACUGUGUCACGCCUGCUGAGGGAAGGCUUUACUUUGAUGUCUGUCCCUGAUCUGCUCUACUCGGACAUCAUCGAGGGCUGUGGCAUGAACACCAAGGGAGAACACUCACAGGUCUACCACAUCGUGGGUCCCAAUGAGGGUGUGUGUCUGGCAGGGACGGCUGAGAUGUCGCUUGGCGGCUACCUGCGGGGAAGGCAGCUCGAGGCUAAGGAGCUGCCCCUGAGACUGGCGGCCGUGUCCAGGUGCUACCGGGCUGAGGGCUCAGGCCACACUGAGGAGAGGGGGAUAUUCAGGGUCCAUGCAUUCACUAAGGUGGAGAUGUUUGGGGUGACGGCGGCAGACGCUGGCGAGGAGAGUCAUGAACUCUACUCAGAGAUGGUGUGUCUGCAGAAGGAACUGUACUCCAAGCUGGGACUCCAUUUUCAGGUGUUGGACAUGCCCCUCCACGACCUCGGUGCCCCGGCCUACACCAAGACAGACAUGGAGGCGUGGAUGCCCGGCCGGAAGAUGUACGGAGAGAUCUCGUCUGCCUCAAACUGCACCGACUUCCAGGCGGCUCGGCUCAACAUAACCUACAAGGACACGGCUGGCAGGGAGAGGUUGGCACACACAGUCAAUGGCACGGCCUGUGCAGUGCCGCGGCUCAUCAUCGCCCUCUGUGAGACCUUCCAGGAGGCGGAGGGCACCAUUUCCCUGCCACCAGCCCUCCACGCUUACCUCUCUGGCCCCCCCAAGAUCACCCCUCCCGCCAAUCCUGUCCGCACCACCUGGCUUAGGAACAAGGCCUUUCAGGGGCCCAUUGUGCCAGCAGGAGCAGGCUCUUGAUGGUACUGUGCUUUAGCUGCUCUAAGGCAUGGAUGUUGUGCUGUGUGCGAUUAUGGAAAGGACAGUUUUUGUUGGGUACCUGCCUUCAUGAGGAGGCUUGUGAACCAGAGUGUGUCACAUUCCUUAACAAAUGUUGUGUGACAGCAGCAUGAGAGUCAGUCCUCAUCAUUAUCUGCUGCAGCAUCCCUUUAUAAAUUAAAGCAAUAAAGUAUGAACUUGCUUUGCUUGCUUGCUCAAGAAAUUAAAAAAGAAUGGAGAAAUAUGUAAAUGUAAAUAUAACAAAACAAUUGUGACAAAUGUAAAUAAAGUUAUUCAAUGAACCAAAUUUCCUUUAGAUAUCU